AUGGCCGAGGACAUAACCUGCGCCACCAAUCAGACAGUGCCAGUGUUCCGCUGCGAGCGCAGCGAUCAACGGUCUGUCUGUCUCUCUGAGCAGGCUGUCUGCAACGGCAUUCCAGAGUGUCCUGAAGGGCAGGACGAGGCAGUAGAGCAAUGUGGAUGUCUCGCCAACGAGUUCCGGUGUAGCAACAGUUGUGUGGCGCUGGUGAGAAGGUGUGACCGCCACCAGGACUGCGAGACUGGGGAGGACGAGGAGGAUUGCCAGUCGUACCUGUGUCCCAUCACUCACUAUAAGUGCAAGAACCACUUUUGUGUGCCACUUCACUCAGUCUGCGACUUCUCCGACGACUGUGGUGACGGUUCAGACGAGCUUGGAUGUCCCCACCGACCCUGCUGGCACUUGGAGUUUACCUGCAACAACGGCAAGUGUAUCAGGCCGGCGUCCUUGUGUGACGGUCAGGAUGAUUGCCUUGACGGUUCCGAUGAGGAAGAUUGUGACCCUGAUGCAUUCGUGCAGUGUGGGGAUGGAUCCAGAGUCCACCGCUACCAGUGGUGUGAUGGCAGAUCUGACUGCGAAGAUAACCAUGCUGAUGAAGUAAACUGUAAAACUUGCAACUCCAGUUCGGAGUUCACUUGUCCUAACGGUCGCUGCAUCAGGCUUGCCAACGUGUGCGAUUCCCAGUGUGACUGUGUCCCUCACAACUCCUCCCUCUACUGUGCAGACGAGCUGGACUGUGAACAGUACUACUCAAUUGUUCAAGGUGUUACUCUAUGUACUCCGGGCGCUACUCUAGGCUGUUCCGUACCGGAAGCAUCUCAUGCCACCGGAAGAGAGCGCUGCAUCAGACCUCAGUUCCUGUGUGACGGCCAUAAUGAUUGCUAUAACGGUGACUUCCUCUCUGAUGAGUUUGGUUGUGAAUUGCCGAAUGACAUUAAGAAGCUUUCGUACUCUUUUCGGUGUCGAGACAAUCGCACUCUUCCGGAGUCUCUGAGGUGUGACUUCAAAAGCGAUUGUCUCCAUGGUGACGACGAGGAGAAUUGUCCUGUUCCAGUUCACGACUGCCAGGAAGGAGAAUGGCAGUGUGCGAGUGGCCAGUGUAUACCUUCCACUUCACUGUGUGACCUUAGGCUCGACUGUAUGGACAAGUCUGAUGAGAUCAGUUGCUUGGGUAUGGUGUGUGGGCCGGGGUACGUCAAGUGCGGGGGAGGCGGCCAAUGUCUCUCCUGGGAGUUCUGGUGUGACUUCUUCAUUGAUUGCCCGGAUGGCUCCGACGAGAUCAACUGCUCCCUUGCGGAAUGUGAUGAUCACGAAUUUCGCUGUGACAACGGCCAGUGCGUGGAUCACAGUCACAGAUGCUACAAUACUGGAAACCCCAGGGACGGCUGCGCGGACGGUUCUCACUUGAAGCACUGCUGGGACUGGGAAUGCGUCAAAGAGGACCAGUUUAAGUGCCGAGGGGGGCCUUGUCUUAACCAGUCCAUGUUGUGUGAUUUAACCAUAGACUGUAAGGACUCCUGGAACGAUGAAGAUGGCUGUCCGUUCGUCUGUUCUCUGACAGCACCCCAGUGUGAGUGUCGGGACAUCCACAUCAACUGUACAGGCCGAAACUUGGUAACCGUUCCUGCUGAUACAGAGAAGGAGAUAACUUGGUUUCAUCUGGGAAGUAACAAACUGAAUGAAACAUUGACAAACGAAACAUUCCUGCAAUAUGAGAGACUUCUCUACCUGGACCUUAGCAACAACAGCAUAAGGACCUUGCCACCCUUCACGUUCCGGAAUCAGUGGCGACUCUCAGUUUUGGAUCUCCAUGACAACUUGCUCACAAGUCUCGGUAACAGCUCCUUCUACGGGCUUGCAAGUCUCAAGGCUUUACACCUUCAAGGAAACAGACUGAGGGUACUACAAGCUUACGCUUUCUAUGGACUUUAUUCUCUUAUAUCAUUAGACUUGCAAGGACAGAGGAUCCACACGGUCGAGCCGGAAGCCUUUGUAGGUCUACACAGCUUGGCCGGAUUAGAUCUUUCCCACAAUGAAAUCACGUUUCUAUCUCAAGGAACGCUCCGCGGGAUGCCAGCCCUCCUGUUCCUAAAUCUCAGUGAGAACCAAAUACGAGUCAUCGAGCCCAACGUCUUCCGGAGUGCGCCCUUGCUUGAUAAGUUGGUCACCGAUGAGUUCCGAUUCUGCUGCUUGGCACGUAACAUCAGCUGCCUGCCGCCUCCUGACGAGUUUAGCAGCUGUGAGGAUCUGAUGAGUAACAUGGUGUUACGACUUUGUGUGUGGCUGCUCGCAGGGGUGGCCACUGUCGGGAACGUUCUUGUCAUAGUGUGGAGGACGCGGUACAGUCACUGUAACCAGGUACACUCUUUCCUCAUCACCAAUCUCGCACUGGGAGACCUCAUCAUGGGAUCAUAUCUACUACUAAUCGCUCUGGUGGACUGUUACUACAGAGGCGUCUACUUCAUUCACGACUCCGCCUGGAGGUCUAGCCGACUCUGUGCUCUUGCAGGUUUCUUGUCCACCUUUAGCAGCGAGCUAUCCGUCUUCACUUUAACAGUGAUCACACUGGAUAGGUUCCUCGUGAUUAUCUUCCCAUUUCGAGUCCGUCGUCUCGAGAUGGCUCGCACUCGACGACUGAUGGCGCUAGGAUGGCUGUUGGCUGCGCUACUGUCAGCUCUUCCUCUCAUCCACAUCCCUUACUUCCACAACUUCUACGGCAGGUCUGGAGUGUGUCUGGCUCUACACAUCACGUCCGACAAACCUAGCGGUUGGGAAUACUCCGUCUUCGUGUUCCUGUUCCUGAACCUGGCUUCCUUCAGCGUUAUCGCGCUCGGCUACCUCUGGAUGUUCACGGCGGCUCGGACCACCCAGCUGGCAGUGACCAGGGAACGGCGGAACACGGAAUCCGCGAUGGCUUGGCGCAUGACGCUGCUGGUUGCUACAGACGCUGCAUGCUGGGUCCCGAUCAUAGGCCUUGGACUGGCUUCUCUGGCCGGCUUCACUAUACCUCCACAGGUGUUCGCAUGGGUGGCGGUGUUCGUCCUUCCACUAAACGCUGCAGUCAACCCUGUCCUGUACACUCUGUCCACUGCUCCGUUCCUUAGCCAGAGCACACAUGGACUGCUCAGUGUCCGCCGUUCCUGUCGACUGUCCAGGCACAACUACUCGUCAACAGUGCCUACUCGCCAAUUUGAUAGCCCCAAAUCGGAUAAUACCACAUGUUACUCGCUCAUCAAGCGGACGUCUGUCAGGUGGCAUCAGAAAGUGGACACUGCUGUGAGUGAACAUGGAGAGGUGGUACCACUGAGCAGACUUGGGAGGGUUGAAGGCGGGGUGGACUGACCCUCACCUCCCGCCACAGCCUUGGGCUUGGCCACCAGCAGAAGCCACCUCUAUGACUGAUCUCCACAUCUUACACUUACUGUAGAAUAUCAAAAGUUAUGAGCCACGUCACAGUUGUGAUAGUGGUGUCCUUGUCAACUAGGAGGCCGUGGACUUUACUCGCCGCUGAUAGGGUAGUAUGGCGCCGCACUUUUCCGGCUGUGUUUGCCUUCCCGCCAAAUGUAAAUAUGGCUUUAUUGUUAAGACCUAGUUGUAAGUUCUCAAACUAUGUGUUAAGUUGUACUUCACACAGGGUUAAAAACGUAUUCUCAAAGGUUUUAUUUUUCACACAGUGUUAAACAGUGGUCCUAUUGAAAAACUACAAAAUAUAGAAAAUACGGAAGCCUUCUUGGAAUAAUAAUUUACAGAACGACUCAAAUACCAUACCUACUACUAAUGGUGAUAGGACCUAGCCCAAAACUAGCCAAUUCGGGUGAAUAUACACAGGUGUCUAGCCUCAGUGAGACAUCUUAACAGUAGUAAACGUUGUCCACUGUUCCUAGUUGUGUACGUAAGUGGGAAGUUAACGUGGCGAAGAAUGUCUCAUUACUAAUUUCUUAUUACUAACUUUGUUAAGAUGUCCACGUUAAGUUUGGUACGUACCUCAAUAGAAUCUGGGAGGUGUGCAUUAACGGCCAGUUUUGUUAUUUUUAUUUAUGGCGAAGGUUAAGGAAAAUGCAUCGCGUAUUUUGAUAAUUGCCGUUUGUUCACAAUUUGCUUAUACUUAAAAUUUUAUUUUUCAUAUCGAAAUAUUCACGCAAAAUUACCCAACGCAUUCAUAUAUAAUAUAUUUACCAUCCGUAUUUAAAAUAUUCUGAUAUUUUUGGUAUUUUUUUAUUUCUGAAACAACACUUCAACUCACUGAAAUUCUUACUGUUUAUUGAAUUCAAGAUUGUGUAACAUGGAAUAUCGAAUUCUAGCUUUCAGCUUGUAGCAAGAACAAUCGUAAUAUUGUGGGUUACCCAGCAACGAGUAGAGCUUUUGUGUUUAAAUAGCAUAUAUAAAGUUUAAAAAUCAAUCUGUUUCGUAGUUGUAUUUUAAACUCUUCAAUUACUCAAAACCAUAAAACUUCUAUAUUUUGUUAUCUAACACUAGGAUCUUAGCCUACGUAUACGUUUCAUAUUUUUAUAACAUGUAAAUAGUUAAUUUAAUUAUUAUAAAGUGCUUUCUUGUACAAAUUGCAUCCAUAUUUUUUAAAGGGUUAGUGAUAACAUGUUUUCUCCAUGUUGUUUCCCCUAGAUUUUACAUGUGCUCUAAUGUCUCCUCACAUAAUUCCUUAAAGAAAAACCUAAGUCUCAUUGUUUCUAAUACAGUGUUGCUAGUUUUAAUUACCAACAUGAAAUGUUUUAUGUAUUUAUUCUUACUAACUCUUUUUAUCAUAAUUUCUAAAAAAAAAACUAAGUAGUUUAUUACAAAUGAACUAAUUGUUCAUGGCAAUUAAAAAAAAAUUCAAUACAAACUUAAAAACAUUCUUAGUCCUACUUUUGAAAUUAAAAACUCAAUUUUGAUUUAGUAUGGGGCAAUAAAGUAAAUUAUGGGAAAAUAUAGAAAUUCCUCAAUAUUCUUAGAAAAUUAGUAGUCAGUUCAGAGUAAUGGUAAAAAAGGACCUCUAAAUUUCAAAAAAGUAUUUUAUAUUAAAUACAUUUUAUUAUAAAACUAGU